GAUGGCUCAGGUAACUUUUUACAAUUCAGUGACGUCAUACUAAAGUUGGAAUCUGAUUGGCUCCCGGAUAUGUCAGUCAACGUUUGCUCCGGUUUUCCGUAACCCCUGGCAACCAAACAAACCGGAUGGUGGGCGGAAUUGAAGCUACAAGCAGAGUUUUCUAAGAGCAAAGAUGCCUCCCAAGAGACCUAAAAGUGCAAAAAGCAGUGCAAGCAGUAAAGGGAAAGGGAAAAAGGAUGAGUCACCUGCGCAGGAGGAAACACCUGAUCACCCUGAUGACAUCUACCCCAUGGUACUGACAUCAGCGACUCAGGGGCUCUUUGGUUGCCGCGCUGAUGAGGACGUCACAGGGGACAGCCCUUACAAGCUUCUGAGAAUAGACGACAUCGUACAGGACAUUAAGACAAGAGCAGCAGUGUCCGAUUUCAGCCCUGUGAAGCAGACCGUGCUGGACUACCCAGAGGAGGAGAUCUUACUGGUUUUUGACAGGGACUUCACCUACGGCCAGAGCUUCUACCUGGUUCUGACACCAGAGGCUAAGGACAGAAUCCUCAUCCAGCCCCCAGAGACGGAGUCACCAGAAGAAAUUGAAAAUGACAUUAUUAAAACCCCGGAGCCAAGACUAUGGAUAUCUCAUGGCAGCGAGCAAGAAAUAGAGAAAGAAUCUAUUAAAGAGACCCAAGAAAAGCUGUGUUUAAAGUUCUCCAGAGUGAGGAGAAGGUUUGGGGCACUGGUCUGUUUUUCAGACCGCAGCUCUGCAGAUGCUAAGGAUGGUUUCCUACAGUGCCCUUCCUAUAAAGACAGCAGAUUCAGCAUCAAGCAGAUGCAGAGUGACUGCGGGAUGCAGGCUGUUCCCAGACUGCAGAGCAGCAGCACUCAAACACAGUGGAAAGUUCAGAGGAAUAUCUCUACCCAGUACGUGCCAAGAGAGCAGAAUGAUGAAGACAGAGAGCGCAUCCUUCAGUCUAAGAGUCUGAAGAAUUUUAUCAACUCAGUAACUCACAGGGUUUUGCACGUCCUCCAGCAGGCUGAGAUCACGAAUGUGUUUAUUGAUGACUGGAAGGCUUUGAGGCUAACAGCUGAAGAGGAGGAUUGGUAUGGGCAUGUUCCCGAAGGUCUGAUGCUUUUUAGGUCCUUAUCAAACCAGGUGUACUCCAAGGACAAGAAAAUCAGCUCUAUGAACUGGCAUCCUACCAUCCACGGUGUGAUCGCUGUAGCUUUGACGGACAUAAAGGCAGAGCAGUUGAACGAGUCCUCAACCUUUACCGUCAGACCUUCUUUCAUUCUUUUCUACAGCUUCACAGACCCUUCUAGUCCCCAGUUGCUGCUGGAGUGCCCAGAUGCCAUUUUUGCCUUUGAGUUCAGCCCCUCUGAUCCAAAUAUUAUCGUUGGCGGCAGCGUAAAUGGCCAGGUUGUGUUGUGGGACAUUUCUGCUUAUGUCACGCACCUACAUGGAGCACAGCCUGGUGGCAAAAUGUCGUCUGUCAACACUGACACAUUCGAACUCGGUGACAGCAAAGAGAAGACUCCUGUUGUGUGCUACUGUGCAGUUUCCUCUACAGAGAGCAGCCAUAAAGCGCCAAUCACUGAUGUCCAGUGGCUGCCACCAACCUUUGAGGUGACCAGGACGGGCCUAGCUGUGGAGAACAAGAAUAACAUUUCUGUUCAGGUUGUCACCUGCUCCCCUGACGGUGCCAUCAUGUUCUGGGAUGUGCGAGUAUCCAAACUGUCGAGCCUGACAACAUCAGGCAAGAAGCUUGAGAAGACCCAGUCCACACCCACCACUGUCCCAUUAACUUUCAAACACCUGGACCGCACAUGGAAACCUCUGUUCAGGAUUUCCCUGCCAAAGAUCAAUACCAGCAGAGGAUAUGAUCCUUUGAAGUUCAGCCUGGAACACUACACCUGUAAUGAUGAUAAUACAGGUGGGACCACAGACAAAGAUCAUGAAAAUGAUGACAGCUCAGAGGUCAUCCCAGACUACAGGCAGCUCAGAGUGCCCUCAGCUAAAACCCUCACAGCUCUGGAAGAUGUCAACACCAGGCUCUAUGUGGGAACAGAGGAUGGAGAGAUUGUCUACACUGACUGGAAACAAGAUAAAGAAGAUCCUGGACGUCUGUACUGUGCCAUGUCCUUCCAUCACUGUUUUGUGAACACGGUACAGCGGUCACCUUUCUUCAAAGACAUAAUCAUGACAGUGGGACUCCAGAACUUAGCCAUCUGGAAGGAGGGAGUCACGGAUGGCCCCAUUAUCCAGUCACAAAGUUCUGAGACGAUGUACACUGUGGGAUGCUGGUCCUUGUCCCGACCCGCUGUGUUCUUCACUGGGAAAGAGGAUGGCAGUGUAGAGGUGUGGAACCUGCUGGAGAAGGCCAGUGAACCUGUGCAGGUGUACGCACAUGUCACCAAGGCCAGGAUCACAUCCAUCAAGCCUUCGAGCACCACCAUAAACAAACAGCACUUCCUGGCUGUGAGUGACGACCUUGCAGAGGUUCAUAUCUUGAGAAUCCCAAAGACUCUCUGCAAUCCUUCCAGGAAAGAGAUUUUGAAUCUGAGGAAAUUCUUUGAGCUAGAGGAGCAGAAGUUAAAGGAUUUUUUGGAUGUUAUGGAGCUGUGGGCAAAAGAGAAGAAGGAAGCUGAUGACCUGGAGAAAAGAAGGCCAGACAAGAGGGAAAAAACCCUGGAGGAGCGGGACGAGGACUAUAUGAAAAAAAACAAAGAGUACCUGCUACUGGAGGAAAACUUCCAGAAGCGCCUCGGCCUUUUGGCAAGCUACUGACGAAGAACAAUGACUGAUAAUUUACCCACAAUCUUCAUUGAGUAAUCCAGAAAAUCAUAAACAGAGAGGUUAAAACAAGUCAUUAAACAGCAAGAAGAUGUCAUUGUUUCCCGCAUUAUUGAAGGGAAUGUAACAUAAUAUUUCAAGUAUUCACCAAAGAUGUUAAAGAAGCACAUACUAUGAAAUCAAAAAAUAAAAGUGUCUUUACACUACUCAGUUUUAGAAUAGAGCAGUGGACAUAUGUGUGAAUAGAUCACACUAAUAUCCUGCUGAUCAUUAAAGGGUUUGAGCUGCA